CCCUGCACCCCAAGCCCCGUCGUGCGCCGAUCCUGAUCCUCUCUCCGCGGUUUAAGAACCCACGCCUCCCAGAGUGUGACGCUCCAUUCUCCCCAACUGUUGUCCACGUCUCCUAUCAUCUUCACUGUCGCCUUCGACUCGUCCAACCUCUCGAGCCGACUGUCCGAGUGCACACCGGUCCAACUCCUAUCUGUGCUUGCUCGACAGCGACCUACCCCACUUCCUAACCGGCCCUCCCCAUCACACUCUCUAUCAUGUUCGUCUUCAACUACUUUGUCGUUCCCCUUCUCUUCGCCGCCCAGUGUCUUGCGGCGCCAGCAACCUCGAAUGAGGACACGCCCUGCCUUUCGGCAUGUGGCAAGUGGUCCGAGGUUGUCGAGCAGUGCUAUCAGGUGUUUACCAUUACUCCCCAUACUAUCGAUGAUGUGCUCUCCAACGGUUUCCUCGCCUGCCUCUGCUCUGGCAGGAACAAGGUCGGCGGAGAAUACGGCAAUGCGACGAUGGUCCAGGUGGCCGGCGUGUGCCAGUCUUGUUCCACGACGCCUAACACCAUCAAGGGAGAUCUCUCUACAUUCCUUGGACUCUGUGCGAUUCAGGCGUCGAACGGAACGGCAGCCAACGCGUCCAGUUACGCUCCUCUGGGCUACAAGACCGGAAAGGACGCCAACCCCGACCUCGCCAAGGGUGCGGCCGGCAUGAACUCGCCUGCUCUUGUGCUUGGAGCGAUGGCUGUGCUUCUUACGAGCGCCCUGGCCGUCUUGUAAGGCAGUUGCAACAUGUUCCUCACAUG